UGUUCACUGAACACAACUGUUCGAAACAGGCUAACUGAUUCGCCACUAUUAAUCGGACUCCCUAGUGUGGUGUUUGGUUGGUUUGAGGGUGUUUUUGUGUCCAUCUCAUUAGCGCCACACUGUGGUUGUACUGCAGUAGCGCAAGACGUAGACGGCGCUCUGCAUAGGAGCUGUCCAGCGUCUCGGUGCUGAAACUUGCCCCGGUGGCUCUCGGCUAACAGCAAGAGGCUUGGUAGAAUUUUAAAAUACAGCUUAACAACCCAGCAACGAGUGACAGGCUGAUUCCGAUGCGUCAGUACAUGGACAAAGGGCUGCAGAUAAACAGAGGAAGGGACGUGGUGAGAACGAAGGGGGAAAGAGAGACUGAGUAAGACGUGGAGAAGUGCUCACUCUCUCAGCAUUAUGUCCUGGUCUCUGGACUUGGUCCCGCUUCCCCCAUGUGCGUUGCUAGGUGGUCCUCCCCUCAGCGGACUCCUUUGGACCGUCCUGCUCCUCUUCCUCUGGUACUGCUACCGCGUAGGUUCUGACCCACCAUCCCACUCUGGAAUGCUGAAAAGCAGCUCUGGCCGGUCCUCAUUCUCUCGGUCAUCCAGCCGUUCCCCGGUCAGCCCCAUACACUCUGCCCCUAAAGCAUCUGCGGCCAUCACUAUGGAGGCGGUGGAGGAUGAGGAGGGAACAGAGAGCUACCUGACACCGGUGUUGAGCCAUGCCCCGUUCCCUACCGACGCUUCAGCAGGAAGCAGGAAGUUGUAUAGAGCACUACAGGAAUAUGCUAAGCGCUACAGUUGGGCCGGCAUGGGGCGAAUUCACAAGGGUCUGCGCAAUCAGGCCAGGAACAAUGAUCGCCCAUCUAUUCAGAAGCCUCAUCUUUUCUACCUCCCAGAUGUUCCCAGCAUACCUUUCUUUCCCAGGGAUGCUCAUCGUCAUGACAUUGAGGUUCUGGAGGCCAGUUAUCCCAAAAUCCUUGCUGAGUUUCAGGCAGUGUACCAGAGGGGGAUUGAUACAAAGCUAGGGUGGAGCUACCCAGGACCAAAGGGCCAGACAGUGUUCCCACUUUACACUGCUGGGGUGUGUGUUGUCAGUAACUGCCGUGCGUGUCCGUGUACAUACCGAACCCUCCUCUCGCUCAGAACCUUCAUCAGCAGUAACUCUCUGGGGUCCGCUGGCUUCUGGCUCCUGGGUCCAGGGGCCACACUGGGAGGGGCCUAUGGCCCUACAAACACACGUCUGCGCUGCCAUCUGGGUCUUCAGACGCCUGCUCAGUGUGAGCUGGUGGUGGGUGGGGAGCCUCAGUGUUGGUCAGAGGGACACUGCCUGCUUGUGGAUGACUCCUUCCUGCAUACCAUCUCACAUAAUGGGGGGGCUGAAGAUGGUCCCAGGGUUAUCUUCAGUGUGGACCUGUGGCAUCCUAAUGUGGCUGCAGCGGAGAGACAGGCUCUAGACUACAUCUUUGCCCCGGAGCAGUAAUUCCCAGGAUGCACUGGUCCAACCCACUUCAUGUCGUAGCAAAAUGCAGAAAAUGUUGUUUUAACGUUCGCAAAACAUCUUUUGGUUUAGUUGAAAGUUCACACUGAGGAUAUUUAUGAUUCACUACCACAUAUUUAACGUGUCUCUGUUCAACCGAAACCUUUUGAAAUGUUUUAGUCAAAGUAGUUCAGUCAGAACUGCAGAACUCUUGAGCCCUGAGCACACAGAUACUGUGAUGACAUGCGAACAAUUUUCAAACUUCAUAUCUACAUUUAACUUGUGCCUGUCUUUAUAAUCCCGCGCUCCUGUUCUAUCGUUUUUGUGCCUGAUUUCUUAUCCUGACCUCUCUGAUGUAUACUGUGAUACAUGGUUCUCCGUAAAUACUGUACACGCGAAUCACAGCUAUGCUAUAAAUCUGAUUUUAUUUCAUCAGAUGCCAAUUUAUUUUCAGACCUGUGAAGCACACUGAAGACAGCAAUCUGUAUAUGACCAGACUAAUUGCAUGCGUCGUGAAUUUUGAUCGUGUUGCCAACAAUGCACUUGAUGACUGUCCUGCAAAUCAAGUAUGUAUUCAUCUGAGUUCAAAUAAAACAUUUUGUUAAAUUUAAA